CUUCAUGGGACAGUACAGAGUUUCCGCUAGUCGGACAGGAGUCUUUAGGACUAGAGGUACAGGCUGAGGAGGACUGCCCGCUUAUUUUAAAGAGGGAAAUUACCUGCUAUGCUGCUCUGAGUAAAACUACGCGCUGACAAGUCUGUGAAACCGGACACUGAGCAACAUUGGAAUAUUUCAUUCAUUCAGAAUUGGAGAAAGUUUUCCCAGAUGGAAGCUGAAUGUCUUGCACUGAGAGACCUCACAAGUCCAAGGAAAAGUUUCACAGGGGAGCCGGAGGAGGAGGAGGACGGGGGGCAAAAUGAACAAAAGGAAAACAUCUGCAUAGAAAGGAGAAGAUCCACGCCGCUGAAAUCUGCCGAGUCCGUCGUUCCGGUUUUGCUAAUGAGCAGGAAAGGUGCCACCCCUGACCUGGCCCACAUCACCCCCAUCAAACACACGGCUCUGGUGGAGCCCUGGACGCCCACAGCCAACCUGAAGAUGCUGAUCAGCGCGGCGAGCCCGGACAUCCGGGACCGCGAGAUGAAAAAGGUGCUUUUCAGGCCCAUAGAGAACGAGGACAAGCCUGUGAGUCCAGAUGUUGUGCUGGAGGAAACAGAGGUGGAAGAGUCUUGUCAGUUUGAAGCCGCAGAGGAAGAGGAUGACGCUGACAAAAAGCCCAGCAGGAAGCAGAAGAGUCUGGGUCUGCUGUGCCAGAAGUUCCUGGCCCUCUACCCAGAUUACCCACCGCCACACAGCCCCAUCUGGAUCUCACUGGACGAGGUGGCGACCAGUCUUGGGGUGGAGCGGCGGCGUAUCUACGACAUAGUCAACGUGCUGGAGUCUCUCAUGAUUGUGGGCCGGAUAGCCAAGAACAGCUACACCUGGCACGGUCGUCAGCAGCUCGAGGCCACGCUGGAGGAGCUGCAGCGGAGGGGCCGGCAGCAGGGCUACCACCUCCAGAUGGAGCUGGCCUCCGAGGCCAGAGAGGCUGGACCGGGGCGCGAGGACGACGGAGCGGAAGGAGACGCCGGCAGCGCUGGUGGCAACAGGAAAGACAAAUCUCUGCGCAUCAUGAGCCAGAAGUUCGUCAUGUUGUUCCUGGUGUCCAAAACUCAGACUGUUACUCUGGACGCAGCGGCAAAGAUCCUCAUCGAGGAGAGUCAGGACUCGUCCAGCCAUAGCAAGUACAAAACCAAAGUGCGGCGACUGUACGACAUCGCGAAUGUGCUGACCAGCCUGGGCCUCAUAAAGAAGGUCCACGUCCGGGAGGAGUCGGGCAGGAAGCCGGCCUUCAAGUGGCUUGGUCCUGUUGAAUUCAACAACUCUGCAAAUGCUGGAAAUACUGUGAACGUGGCAGCUGUCGCUCUGCCUGGGACCACACAGCCAAUGGCAGACCUCAGAAAAGCCAGGAUGGCACGCCACGCCUCUUUCAACAUCACACCGACCUCUGUGGCCGUCCAGCGGCAGGUCAGCUCUGCACCCAGCAGUCCACGGCGGGAAGCUGCGGGUCUGCCAAACCAGCCCGUGGAUUAUUCCAAAAGGACCAGCAACAAUGCAGUGUGUCGACUGCAGUUUGGAAACAGCCCUGAUAACCGUCCCAGCGCUGCACUGCAGACCCCCACCCGCAGCAGCAACAGCCCGCUGCCUCCGUCCUCCACCCAUGCCACCCUGCUGGCACCUUCCCUCCACCCGGAGCACCUCUUCACACCUUCCUCGUCCUCUCCCCACUGCUUGGCCUACCUGCCCAGCCUGUCCCAGCCCUCGGUGGUCAUGCUGUACAGGGCGCCGGACAAGCCUGACCAGGUGGCUGAAGGCCAGAGAUCGCCCAGGUUGGAGUCUGAGGAGGGGAGGAAGAGAAGGAGGGAAGAGAGUGAGGAGGAGGGGGUGGCGGUGAAGAAGAGGGGAACCUCUGGGUUAGAGGAAUGUGACCUGAUGAGAGCUGAAGCUCACAGGGAAGCAGCGGGCUGUUCGCAAACGGGCAACAGCAGGACUUCCCCCAGUCGCCCUGCAGGCCUCUGCAGAGAGCAGGCGGCCAAUGAGAGUCCAGGCGGCAACAGCAGCAGAGAGCCCGCCCAGCCGUCACACUACCUCUAUGUGCCCAACAAUGCAGGUCUGAAUAGCCUCAACUUCCUCCUCUCUGCCGGCCAGCCACCAGCCAGUCUAGCGCUUCCUCCCAGCGGUGUUCCCACCCUGGCGCUGCCCUACGUCCUGCUGCCCUCUUCGGCCCUCUCCCACUACCCCCUGGUGGCCGGCGGCCUACCACAGCAAGGCUCCGAUGCCCACAGCAAACUGAGCUUCAGCCUGCCCGCCGUGAUGUCACCCACCCACUUUAUGGUGGGGGCGGCGCCGUAUGGCCUGGCGGCAGCGCCGGAGAUCGGCAAGUCGUCUGCUCCAUCGCCCUCCACUCCAGAACAGAGCAGGCUGUACGGCUCAGCGGCAGCCACCCCACACUCUCCCCCAGGGCUGCGUCAGACUGUCAGCAUCAACACACCAGAACCACUGACUCCACAUACGCCAAAGGAAACCACAUCUGCCUCAAAGGCUUUCUUCCAGACCCCAGGCGCGCUGGGAAAUGUAGUCAGCAGCGUGCCAGCUGCACGAAAAAGAGGCUCCGCACAGAGGAGGCUGGACGUGGGCCACCCUCCGACCGGUUAGACGUGCGAGGAGAAGGAAUGGGUGGCUAACAUGCACUCAGGUGCUGAGCCUAAAAGUGAAGAAUAUGAUUUCAAACCAUUGGUGCUUUGUUAGUUUAUCAAGGGACAAAUGAACUCUUCCCUUAAAUCUGAAGAUUUUUAGACAUCUCAAGAUGUUUAAUGUUUUUCGAAUGACCAUCAACGUUCACCUAACGGCAUGUGUCUCAUUUUGAAGAGAAACUUUUGUUAUUGUUAUUUCAGAGGGAAUGAAUGAAGCAGUAUUGCCAAUGUGACAGUGCCCUCCUGUGGUGGGAGUCGGCCACUGCUGUAUUUUGUAUUUCAGCCUGAACUUUCCCUCCCACACGUGAUCAAGCUACCUGAUUCCCCAUCACUUGUGUAUUAUAGCCCAAUUGCUAUUUAUAUUUUAGCUAAUAUAUGUUGAUUACAGGGACUGUAAUGGAACAUUAACUUUGUUUUUUAGCACUAAGUAUUUGACGAAUGGAUGUCUAAUAUUGAAGUGAUUGUCUUCAGUUGGCCCCUUCAGGUUUUGUUAUGUUAUCAAGGUAUUAUAGGAAAUCUGUGGGCUGCCGGUCGCUGAUUUAGGCUGAUGGCAGCAGACGAUCCUCUCUUUGCUCAUUUCAGAUAUCACUGUGAGGAGAAAAUCACUAAAGCCUUAAAUGUUUACAGCCAGUCGAGCAUCUAAAGGAGCUGUUCUCAGACUUACUCAUCAAGAAGACAGAUGUUACUGUUGCUGCGUACGAUUAUACUGAGCAUCUGCAACCAUGGUGCUUAAUGGUUAAACACCAAACCCUUUAGCUCUGUUACUGGCGACUAAGGGACAAUGUGACGAUGCUCUCAGGUACUUGAACACUUUUGACUUUACUAGAAGUGGAUUCUGGAGAGAUAUCAGAGUACUGUAAAGAUUUUUUUAUCCUUAAUUUAUCCGAGCAGAGCAGACUGAGCUCCACAUGCUGUCUUCUUCAGCAGCGCUGUUCCACAUUCAUACAGUUGGGAGACUCCCAGUGUGACUUCAGUCUGCUGUUGGCCGGCGCGGUUUGGGGGUUGAUGCCUCAGUACAGUCGUAAGCCCACGAACCUGCCUUCAGACAACCCAGCCAGGAUACUGGUGCUCUGUACAGGAGUCAUUCAGGAGAGCUUUGCUAUGUCACGCCAAAGGGUGCACAGAUAAUCCACUCUGACCAGUGGAUGUGUAGUCAUUAAUGUACAGUUUUAUGUCAAUAAUUAUUUUUGUACAUUGUAUUCACAGUGUCAUUUCUACUUCCACGUGCAGACUGUCAAACACUGACUGUUUUUCAAAUACUGAUGAUUGCACUGCUAGUUGUAUUGUGUCUGCUGAUCUGCCUCUCACAAACCUCGGAGCUGUUCCUUCACUGUAGCUCUGCUAACUGGCUUCCUUCUGCAUGAC